AUGGCUCAACGUCAGCUUUCGCGCACGCUCCCAAAAAACUUUACCUUCUCCCUCGGCGACAAUGAACCAAAGACUCCCGAGCGGCCUCGCACCACCAUGAAUGUACCUCCACCACCUCGUCACUCAAUAUCUAGUGGCCGUUUACCUAGAGUUCGGGCUCGCGCUGGUACCAAUGUCUGCGCUCGCAUGGACAUGGAUAUGUUCCAGUUCCACAGCUCUGAUGUUCCCCUGCCUUCGAUCGAAGUGCCCCAAUCGACUAUCAACUUUGAGGCUGCUUCAUUCAGUGAUUUCGCCACCGAUGAGGGAUAUCUCGCGCCUCCUCGCGUGCGAAUGGAUUUCAAGACGCCACCUGCGCAGAUCCGACGCACACCUUUCGAUUCCCGCGACACUAGAAACCCGUGGCCAUCGUGGGACCAGACGCCCGGCCUUAACAACAUCAAGCGCGCAGACUCGGUCUGUUCGACUUUGUCAAAUUCUUCAAUUGAAUCCAUUGAAACCUUUGCAUCGCGACCAUCUGUAGGAAGUUUCACCAGCAUCGAGAGCGAUUCAUUUGACUCGUAUUUUCCUUUGGAUAUGUCAAAAGAACCUGAGAUCGAGUCGCCUUCGCGGCCUCAGAAACAGCCGGUGAAAGUCCAUGUGUCGAAGAAGUCCUGGACUCGCGACAUGGAUACCCACUUAUGGAAUACCUAUCAAAUUUACCUUCAGGACCCUACUAUGACUCCAUUUAAGAUGACACCUGGCAGUAUCCCCCCUUUGGGAGUCACCUCGCGUGUUGCGCGACGCGCCAAGAAGACAUGGGGUCAAAAGAGCAGUCGCAUUGUUCAAUCUGUCUCGAUAAAGUCUGCUGAUCCCAUUGAAAUCUCUACACCCAAGGCUAUGGAAGAAGAGUCGCAACCGGCCUGGCCUAAGUCAGACUCCAAGACUCGACGACGCCUCAAGAUGCUAUGUCGACGCAAAUUCUCAAUUUCUCCCCACUAUCAGCGCAUCAUGCAGUCUCGCACUCCCGAGCCUGUCACGAAGAUGUUCGAUCCUACUACGGAUACCCGCGUGAAAGACUUCGCUGACAACUCGGCCUACACUACUCGUGACCUCGGCGUUUCUCUUGUCACAUCCUGCGAACCGACCCCACUUUCUAAGGUAACACAAGAAGUGCCGUUGACUACGGACUGGUUUAACAACCCCGUUUCUGCUCAUGCCGAGCCACGGGUGGCCAAGACUCCUAGUCAGCAUCUUCGUGCGGAAUCUGCUCCUAGCAUCCCUCGUCUAGGAUCUCCAUUCGUGUACAGCACUUGGGGCCCCGGUGGAUCAACCUGUCAGAUCCAUGACUCUAAUACUCGACGUGGGACUAUUCAUGUUCCGGGUUAUCGUGCCCGACGCAACACAUACUUCGACCAGCCUUUGCCUAGUACUGUCGAUGUAUUCCCAAGCGUAUCCAGGGAGCAGAGUAAUCCUUCCGAUCAAGAAGUUGAACGUCGCUUGGAGGAUUAUGUUCGUGACAAUAAGUUCCAAGACAUGGGCCAUGGUCGGGUUCGCAUUCGCAAUCGUGGAGCUACCACUAGCGCUGUCAGCCCCAGAGAAAUGGACCAGCUUUUCUCCCCGCCAUCUUCCCUCAAUUCAGGCCCUAUUGAGCCCGAUGAGACUACACCUGUUCUGAACCCCCCUAUGAAUCCAUUGUUAGACCUCGGCGAAAACAUCAAACGCCUCGGCUCACCCUUCCGGAUCGAAGGAAAGCACAAGCGUCGUGAAGUCCCGAAGCGAGUCAGUAGACAGGCACCUGCACUGUCCGAUCCAUUCUCGAGCGGUGGCCCUUCAUAUGUCGGGCAAGACGACACUACAUCUCUCAUGCAGGUUUCCCCAGCUCAUGUUUACGAUAAAGCUCCAGGUACUUUGCCGUACAAUGCCUCCGAAGACGGUCUUUCUGAUGCUGAGCGCAUCCGCCGGCAAAUAUUGAAUAUGCCUUUCACACGCAACUAA